GAAGUCGGACGCUUAACAGACUGGGCCACCCAGGCACCCCAGAGGUGGGCAUAAUCUUUACCAGAGGGGUAGGGUCCUAUGGCUCAGAGAAGGAAAGAGCUUUCAUGUUGAAUGGGAGUGGAAGAAAGGCCCCUUCCCUUCUCUGCAAGUCAAAAGUCCACCUUAAGCAUGAGGGAACUCAGAGGCAGGGUUAGCUGCUGCUCCUUCCUCAGGGCAAUGUUAGCACAAUUAGUGCCAUCACCUAUAUGAUCUCAGUCAGUACAGGGCUGGCAGCUUCAGGCUGAGGGUUCCACUCAAGACCCAGGAAUUACAGAGAAAGCCCAUGUCAAAUGCUUCUUCACUUGACACAAAACUAAGUGGUUCUCAAAACACGUUUAUAACUGCAAAUCUCUAGUGUUCAGAAGAAAACGACGGGUGGUAACCUUGGAUAUUUUUCAGUGUUGUUUUCCUUUCACAUAUUACUGAUGCUUUGGCAUUUGUUCUACUUAACAGAACCAGAGUUCAGGAGUUGGUAUCUCAAAUGGUCCCAGAUGGCAGCUAUAGUUAUUUGAGGGUGAACAGGAGCCACGAGGAUGGCGCACUUGCUGGGCAGCCAGUCCUGCAUGGACAGCCUGCGCAAGGACCUCACCGACUUACAGGGCGCCAUUGUGGAUGUGUUCUCUCGUGCUGGGCCUGUGCGCUUCCCCUCCUGGAAGUUCCCUGACCGUGUGGCUUGCGACCUGGACAUGGUGGCCCUGCUAGAGCACUAUGACCAUGUGCCAGGUGACCCCGAGUUCACGCAGCUGUCCCAUGCUGUUCUGCUGGAGCUGGUCAUCGACAGGCUCCUGCUGCUGCUUCAGAGCUGUGCCAGCUACUUGGAGAACCUUGGUUCAGAGCAAACGGUGCCCUCUGCCCAGGCCGUGGGGCGCUGCAUGUCUGUGGGGCUCACAGCGCGGUGCUUUUGGAACAGCCUACUGAGGCUGGGCAUGCUCUACAAGCAGGCAGCCCCACAGAAAAGGGUAAGCCAAGGGGAGACCCUCACCUCCAAGCCCACAGCCAAGGGUGAGCCAGCCAGGAGCCCUGAAGUUGUGACUGCCAAGUUCAUCAAGCCCCCCUCCCCAAUGCCGGGCUCGCCCCAGACCUGCCAGGAGCCAGACAGCCUCCCUGCCAGAGUAUCCCUGCAAUGUCCAGCCAGGACCGUCAAGAACAGUAGGAGCGUCCACUCCCAGACUGUGGAGACGGCCCUGGUGCCCUGUGAUGCAUGCAUCAGUGUCCAGGGAAGCCUGCGGGAGGUGGGCAACAUGGUCAUCAGCCUAUGUCAGAGCCAGAACUUGCCCUCGUCCUUAGGCCAGUUCCAGCAGCUGGUGCAGGACAACAUGGGGCUCAGGCCGCUGCCGGCCGCCACCAUGGCCCACUGGGCGGCAGAGCAGAGCAAAGACCUGACACGCCUCAGUAAGCAUGUGGGGGCCCUCACUCAGCUUGUUGGGCCCCUUAGGGCCCAGCUGGAGGAGGCUGAGGGCCAGAAGGAUGGACUGAGGAAGCAGGUGGGCGAGCUGGAGCAGGCACUGCAGCAGGAGCAGGGGGAACGGCGGCAACAGGCAGAUGAAACCGCGCAGCACCUGGUGGAGUGGGAGCGCAACAAGCAGCAACUGCUCACAGAAACAAGUGACCUCAGGAUGAAGGUGGCCACCCUGGAGAGGGAGCUGAAGCAGCAACAGGAGUCCAUGCAGGCUGUGGAGACCAAGGCCCGGCAGCUUCAAGAGGAGGCCGAGCGCAGGGCAGAGGCCGAGAGGCAGGUACACCGGCUGGAGGAGCAGGUGCAGGUGCUGGCAGGGCGGCUGGAUGGGGCCAGCCAGCAGAUCCGCUGGGCCAGCACAGAGCUGGACAAGGAGAAAGCCCGAGUUGACAGCAUGGUCCGCCACCAGGAGUCCCUGCAGUCCAAACAGCGAGCCCUGCUGCAGCAGCUGGACAGCCUGGACCAGGAACGUGAGGAGUUGCGGGGCAGCCUGGACGAGGCCGAGGCCCAGCGGGCCCACGUGGAGGAGCAGCUGCAGAAUGUACGGAGCGAGAGGGAGCAGGGGCAGAGCCAGCUCCUGGCCCAGCAGGAGCUACUGCAGAGCCUGCAGCGGGAGAAGCAAAGCCUGGAGCAGACCACGACAGAUCUGCAGUUGACCAUAUCGGGGAUGGAACGGGAGCUCGUGGAGCUGAGGGAGCGGGAACGACUGCUGGUGGCCUUCCCAGACCUGCACAGACCCAUCGAGGCCCAGAUCCCAAGCUCCGGCAAUGUUACAGACGACAUGGAGAGGCAGGUGCAGGCCAACGACAUCCGCAUCCGGGUCCUGCAGGAGGAGAAUGGGCGGCUCCGGUCCAUGCUGUCCAAAAUCCGGGAAGUAGCCCAGCAGGGCGGCCUUAAGCUGAUUCCACAGGACCAGCUCUGGGCCCCUCACAACAAGGGCAUCCACGGAGCAGCGCCCCUGGCGCAGGCCCAGAACGCAUCCCCAGGGCCCCCGGACAGGCAGCACCUGCCCAGCAGCAGGACAGCCAGUGCGGGCAGGACCCUACCGUGCCAGCUGCGGGCAUCCCCACCUCAGCAGCCCUGCAGCCGGCCCAGCAAGCCCUCCUUGGAGGACAUGACCCACUCGACCAACUGUGCUCAGAACCCCAUCCGGGCCUUGGCCAGGCUGAGGAGGAGACUGUCACCAGGCCAACGCCAGGCCAGCCCUGCACAUCAGCCCCAGGAGCGGCCCACGUAGCCUGCUGUGGGGUGGGGCUAGAGGGCAGGUGUCUGGCAACCCACUCAAUGUAAUAAAGCCUUGGCCAUCUGCCCACA